GAAUUUGGCUAACCCAUAAGACCAUUGGGAGGCCUAGAAGAACUUUGUGCUAUUUCCAUCUUGACAAUUUAUACCAUGGUCGGAGCAACAUCUCCACCGGUGGUCAAAGGGGGUUUCUGGCCUGAAUGGGACGCGGAUAAUUUCCCUCCCUCGGCCAUCGACACCAGAUUUUUCACCCACCUCUACUACGCUUUUCUCCUGCCCGACAGCAAUACUUUUAAGCUCGACGUCCAGGACCCGAGUCCAACGGCAGCAAAGCUCAGGAGCUUCACGGAGACGAUCCACCGCAAGAACCCCCAUGCCAAGACGCUCCUCACGGUCGGCGGGUGGAGCGCGGACGAGAAAAAUGCGAAGGUCUUUGCCCGGAUGGCAGCAUCGGGGGAGUCGCGCAGGGGUUUCAUCGAGUCGUGCAUCGGAGUGGCGAGGAAAUACGGUUUCGAUGGCAUAGACCUCGACUGGGAGUUCCCCAGAACCCCAAAAGACAUGAAGAACUUGGGCAAGUUACUGGAGGAAUGGCGGGCCAAGGUCAACAAGGAUAAGCACGAUCAAACGCUCCUACUGACCGCCGCCGUGGCCAGCACCGUGGAAAUAAGCUACAGCCCGGAGGGGGCGACCCGGUCGUACCCGGUACGGUCAAUCAACGAGAACCUGGACUGGGUGAACGUGAUGUGCUACGACUACUACGGGGAGUUCACCCCGAAGGAAACGGGCGCCCCCGCCGCGCUGUACAACCCGCGGAAAAGGAUAUCGACGAGCUUCGCGGUGGAUGCGUGGAUCUCCGCCGGGCUCCGCCGGAGCAAGUUCGUCAUGGGCCUGCCGUUGUUCGGCCGGACCUGGACGCUCCAGAACCCGAGGUUGAACGGCAUCGGUGCGGCAGCGGUGGCCGUCGGCUUGGGUGGCCCGGGGGACGACGGGAAGAUGAGUUACUCGGAGGUGGAGAAGUUCAACAGGGAGAAGAACGCGACGGUGGUGUAUGAUCCGGAGACGGUGUCGACGUACUCCUACGCCGGAACUGCCUGGAUUGGGUACGACGACACCAGGUCGACCACGGUGAAGAUACGGCAUGCUCAGGACCAUGGGAUUCGCGGGUACUUUAUUUGGAACGUCACCGGUGACAUUGAGUUGAAAAUCUCGAAACAAGCUUCAUGGUUGUGGACUUAAAGUUUGAAUUUCUUGCUCACGUGAGAGCAUCGGUUGAAGUCCGGUGGACUGUCUUCGUUUUCUGUUUAGAUGUCGUUUGAUCGAUCUUGUUUUUCCUCUUUGCUUGUUUCAUUUCCUUCCACUGUGUGUGCAGAUGAAACCCAGGAGAUCAUGUAAGGGACUCCCCCCACCAACGGUACGCUGCAAGUGUAUUUGAGAUUGUGAGUGAGUGUUUGUAAUUUUGUAUGUUUGAUUCCAUAAAAAUGGUUUGGCUAUUUAUAUAUGUUGUCCAAUAAAUAAAAUGAUUUUGUCAAUAUAUAAA